AUGGAGCCUCUGAGCGCUCUCUCAAUCGCGGCGGCCGUGGUCCAGUUUGCAGACUUUGGCUUCCGACUGAUCAAAAGCGCGCAUGAGCUAUACAAAUCUCCUUCUGGCCAAAGACUUGAAUACAUCGAGCUAUCCACGGUGUCUCAGGACCUCUCACAUCUCGCCAAUGCUGUUAAAACGAAGCAGCGCGAAAAUGACGGGUCGGCUAUGAAUCCUUUUCUUCGUCUUUGUGACCAAUGCGAGUCAACCAACAGCGAGCUUCAGGACAUGCUUAACAAGCUCAGGGCUCGAGGAUCCACGAGGAUAUUACUGGCUGUGGAUAGCUGGAAGGCCACGUUCAAAGGACUCGCAGCCGCCGACGACAUUGAAAGGCUGGCCGAUCGCCUGAGCCAAAUUCGCCAGCAGAUGAACGUGGCCCUGCUCUAUUUGCUACUAGACGAGGCCGGGAAACAGGGCGUCGAGUUGCGCCAAUUUGCCAGGCAACAAGCGGAAAUGCUUGCCACCCUGGAUCGAAUUGACAACACUACCAAGCACUUCACUACGGAUAUCACUUGCCUCAUCGACAACUUGCCCAUAAAUCACAAGUUAGAGACGGAUAAAUGGCGCGAUACGUGCUUAGCGAGAUGUGGAAGACACGCGGCCACCUUUGAGUGGAUUUUUCAUGAGCCACGGUCAGAAGAGGGUCAUCCUCAGUGGUCCAGCUUCCCGCAGUGGUUGCGAGGAAAAUCCAAGGAAAUUUACUGGAUUAGGGGUAAACCUGGUGCGGGAAAGUCUACUUUGGUUGAGUUCAUUGCGCAGGAUUCGAGGCUACAGAAGUCCCAUGAAGGGCUCUUCAGGACAAUACUCCACGAUGUCAUAAGGCAGCGGGCCCAGCUUGCUGUCGAGAUCUUCCCUGCGCGGUGGUUUCUUCUACAGUCCUUCAGUGGGAAAAUCGAUUUGCCAGCCCCCUCCUUGGACGAAUUGAGGAAUGGUUUCCAGAACCUCAUAUCAUCCGCAACUGGGGGCAAACUGAAGCUCGUUCUUCUCAUCGAUGGGUUGGAUGAAUUUGACAAUGUCCAGUCGGAGCAUCGAGAUCUGGUUCAGCUUCUCGGCAAGGCCAACGCAGCAACUGGGGUAAAGAUCUGCGUAAGCAGUCGACCAUGGAAUGUCUUCAGGGAUGAGUAUGGCAACAACCCCAUGUUGCAGCUCGAGAAUCUUACUCGAGACGAUAUCAAGUCUUUCGUCCAGGAGAAGCUCCAGCUCUGCCCGGGUUACUCGGAGUUUGCCGCCCUUAACCCACAAGCAACUCUCAAAAUCAUCAAUGACAUGGUGGACAAAUCGCAAGGCGUUUUCCUCUGGGUAUCGGUCGUUUCAGGCUUGUUGGAAGCCAGAUUCCAGGAAGGGACCUAUGUCUCGGACUUGCAAAGCGUAAUCGAUGGGCUCCCGAACGAGGUUGCCGACUUGUUCCGCUAUAUAUGGAAGAGAACCACCAAUCAAUUUCGAUCUGAGGCAUCGCAGUACUUCCAGCUAAGUAGCAUUUGCCAAGAGCAUAAAACGGAUCUGCUUGCAUUGAUUCUCUGGUUCGGCGACAAGGAGGUCCCCCCUUGA